GAAAAAAGAUAUUUCAGCGCGGCCACCGCAAGUCACCCUCCGAUUUUGACCUGAAAUAUGGCAGGGACACAACUCCCCCAAGUUCACCGCUGAAAGAGAGCAGAAUAAAUGAUGCUGCCACAUCACAGCCUCAGUUUCCUCUUGACCCUGAGUGCUGGGAGGUUGACCCAGUUGUACACAAGGAGUUCAUCAUGUGGAAACAAAACCCUGUUCUAGAUCAGUCGGAUCCUUUCAUGCAACGUAUUUAUGCAGAAGAUAUAGAUCUGUGCAUGGCAUUUCCCAAUUCCACGUUAGCCCACCGAGUCCAGAGAGCCAUUGAGGAUAAUGAUGUCUUUAUAGAAGAGGUGAAUCCACGGCAGAAAAGCAGUUGCCCCAAGAAGUGUGUUCUGCUGGAUGUUCCACGCUUCUGCAAGUAUCGAUUCAGGCUUGGGGAAUCAGAUGAUACCUGGUAUUACAUUUCACAGUUGGCAAGGAAUAGGAUUAUUGCCAUCUGUGACUUCCUCAACUACUUACGCUACAUUAAGCUUGGUCUAGUCAAGAGUUCAAUUCAUGACAUGUACUGGGAGAUUGUGAAGCUUCGGCGGCAGAUGGCUCUGGCUCGACUUGGAUUUUAGUUUAUUUAUUACCUGGUACUUCUCAACAACAGAAGACUAUGUAGGAAAAGACUCAAUGAAGCUAGAUCUUAUAGAAUUUUUGUACUGAUGGUUAUUAUUGUUAUAUUAUUAUUUUGUUAUUAUUAUUGUUAUUAUUAUUAUUAUUAUUAUUAUUAUUAUUAUUAUGAAUACUACUACCACCACUACUAUAAUUAUUUCUUUAUAAUUUUCUUUAUUAUUAUUAUUAUUAUUAUUAUUAUUAUUAUUUAUUUUUUAUUAUUAUUAUUUUUUUAAUACUAUUAUUAUUAUGGUUAGUUUUCUUGUUACUGUAAUUAUUUUCAUUUUAUUAUUAUUUUUUUAAUAGUGUUAUCAAUUAUUAUUCAUUUUGGUUAUUGUUAUGUUUGAUUUAUUUUCUUAUUUAUUAUUGUUUUUUUUUUCCUUCUUUUUUUUUUCUUUUCUUUUCUUUGAUUAAUGAUAUGAUUAUGGCAAAAGAAUCUAAUAUUGUGAUUAGAAAUGUAUGCCAUGUAAAUGAAUAUACUCUUUUAAAUGAUAAAGGUAAUCAAGAAUAAUGAAAUGUAAUGUGUACAAUUAACUUGUCUCAAUUACACACAUGACAAUUUUCGUAAGAUAAUAAUUUAGGUGUAAAAAGAAAUAUAUAUAGAGAGAGAUUAUAUAUGUAUCUAAAGGGUAGAGGGAGGGGAAAUAUAUAUAGAUAUAAAAAUAUCACAAACCUUUUAAAAUAGUGGUCUAAAAUGUGGUCAGGGAACUUUUUAAUUGAAUUCUUUAAUAGAUGGUUCAGGAAAAUCUUCAUUAUAAUGGUAAAAAGAAGUGAAGUCUUAAGAGAAAAGCUGAUGAUAAACUUUUUCAUUUGGAAUGAAUUAAAGUUGUUAGUAUUUUUCUUAGACUUAAAUAUUUUAAUAGUUUAGUUUCUGAUAACAGAUUUUUAAAAUAUUAUAUAAAAAAAAGAAUGAAAAAAAGUGUCACAUAUGUAAGAUUCAGUUCAAAUUUCUGUAAAUGUUUUGUUACACUGAGGUGUAUCUUAUGAGAGAUUUAUUGACUUGUUAUGCAGUUAAGGUCACCAUUUUAUUGAAAGAUCCAGUAUUGCCUAGAAGUUCCAGAAUGAUGCACUAUGGAGGUUUAUGCAACUAGGCAAUUAUGGAUGGUUAAUAUCACAUUCCUUGUUUUAUUUUUUAUUUUUCAUUAUGCUCAUCUCAUUAUUGUUUUGGCAGUUGAGUUUUUAUAUUUGCUUUUCUUUUCUUACCUUUUUUUUUUCUUUCUUUCUUUCUUUUUCUUCUUCUUCUUUUUCCCCUCCUUUUUUUUCUCCUUCCCAUUAUUAUUCUAUUUACUGUUUGGAAGUUCAAUAUAUUCAUGGGCUUUCUACUGUUGAAUAUGAGAUCUUCAUUGUAUCUGCAUCUUGGCGGAUUAGAACCAACUUUCGAUGAUGUCUUUUCCUCUUUCCAAAGCAACGGAAGAAUCUCAUCUGAACGUCUUAGGGUGAUAAUUCACAAGGGAAGUUGAUAUAUAGAUUCGUAAGAGAUUUUAUUUGUUUAUACCUUUAAAAGGGAGGCCUGUGAUAUUCUGAAUCAGCCAUGUGCAGAUGUGUUUUUCAUGUGUAAUUCAUGUAUCGGAUUGUGGUGCAAUUUGAUACAUUAAUCGUUCUGUAUCAUAUGUUAUUCUAAUAGCUUGUGUACAUAUAUUACUAACAGCUACUCUAUAAGAUGUGUUGUAAGGCUGUAUAUGUUUUACUUGAUGUCACAAAUUAGUUAUGAAUUUCACUCUUUAGGGAAAUGAAGUCAGUAUAGUGAAAGAAAUUGGGAAAGAUUUGCAUAAAGUUAUACAUAAUGCACUGGAAAUUAUCCAAGGCCAAUGCAUAAGGUAGAGAUUGGCAUAUAAUUACCUUUGUAAUUUGGAAGGUGAAAUUGUAUUAUAUAUUCACAGGUAAUCAUAUAUUAAGCUGACUGAAAUGGCAUUGAUAUUUUGUAUAUGAUUUUUUUUUUUUUUUUUUUGUCAUUAUUUUCCUAUAUCCCUCUGCCCAAGAGAACCAAUGUUUCACAAGAGCUUACAGGUUUGGAGACAAUUAUUGGAACUUCAUGUAGGAGUAAUAUAUUUACAGAAAAUGAGACCAGGAACUUUGAACACCAUCUGCUGCUAGUGAACAAUAAUUGUCAAUGCGUUAACUCCAUGAUUAUUUUAUUUCUUGCAGAGGUAUAUAAGUAAUGAUGUGCUAAAAGUAUUUAUUAUAUACAUUUAGAAACAGAAAGUAAGUUCAUUUCUCACUUGUAAGAUAAGCAAAUUACUUUCUUAUGAAAUUUAUGAAGAAAGAUCCAUGAAAACUAGCAAAACACCUCCACGUUGGUGCCAUGAUUGGUUCUCUUGAGCGGAAGGGUAGAGUACAGCUGCUAUAGCGGCCUCCAUGAGACAGAGGAUAGGAGCAUGGGUUGUGAACAUGCAGUUCUGAGGCCAUCAUCAUGUGCCAGUAUCAAAGGUUGGAAGUGUAAGGCUGAUGUGCACUUCAUUUUCAAAGUAUUGUAUAUGCAAAUAGAAGCAUGAUGAAUCUACGAAAUUGAGUAAUAAAGGAAAUAUAUCCCUGAAGUGAUUUAUAUACAAAGAUUGGUUUUAAUAAUCAUUAUUAUGAUGAAUAAAAUUUUGUAAACAAAGAAAGAGAAAUUGUAAUUGAAAGUUGCAAACUUUAUUAAAAUAUAAAAUACCAUGUCAAGUACUGAUUUAAUCCUAAUUUUUACAUUUACAUUAAUUCACUCGGCUGCAAGUUAUUACUAUAUAUGUAUUUGUAUUUUCUUCAGUUUCUUUUGCAAACAGAAUAAAAGAGAAGAUAAUGAAAAUGCAGUUUCAAAAGUCUGUGCUGUAUAGGGUAGAGGCAGAAAACGAGAGGUUCAUUAUUUGUUUAAAAGUUUACCUCAAAAUGAGCAAGAAGCAUUUUAGCUUCUCAAAAGUAGUCUUAUUGAUCUUGCAUCAGUUAUACAAACAAUAAAUAUUGGUUUAAUAAUAGCAAAUUAAGUUUGGUGUUCAUGACAUAUUAGCAUAUUAAGAGUGAUUUCAUUCCUUAACCAUGACAUGUACGUGUAUACCAUGCCCACUGAGAGUAUACUUGUUUGUUUUAACACAUAGAUGGCUACACUUAUACCAAGUCACCAAUGAGCCAAUUCCUUCCUGUCUCGUAUGUUUACCCUUUUCUUUGAUUUACAAAAAUAUUUUACAUUAUCUUAUUUUGCUGUUACUAAUGUUUAUAACAUAGUAAUUAUGAUGUUUAUAAUAAAAAUAACACCAUCGAUAUUCAGAGCACUAGUAAAAAAUAUUUUUUUUCCGCCAAUUCAAAUCAGGUAAGGUCUACCAAUUGACUCCUUUGUGUCUAAGUACUAGCAGAGCCAUCUAUGUGCAGAGACAUUUCACAAAAAAUAUAAAAAAUGAGCACAGCAUUUUCCCCAUUUUUAUUAAUUUUCCCCGGCAGCAUUGGGUUAAAGCCCAGGCCACCCAACUGGGUAUCAUCCACCAACACAAGCAAGAAGGUUACCUGAUAACAGAAUUUCGCUUGUGCUCGCCAGCAAAGCCAUUCCAACAUAUAGCAAGUCGUAGUGUAUCACCAAUGCCAAAUAUAUUGGAUUACAUUUGAUCUCUAGAAGGUAUUUAAAAAAUCAAUUGAAGUUUGAAUGAAGGAAUCACUGAUGAUCAAGUUUAUCCCACCAUCCACCAAAAAUCCAGGUCUUAGACUUGACAUCCUUACUAUUGUGCACCAUGGUUCUUGGCCCUGAACACCUUUACAUCUUGCCUGGCUUUGAUUGGACACCAUGGCAACAAUGUACUAAUAACAUAGACUGUACAUAGUAAUGAGCAAAGCCUGACAACCACUGCUCAAUCAUUUCGACAGGACUUAAUAAUCCUAAACUUGACUAGGUCUUAGACUUGACAUCCUUGCUAUUGCACAGCAUGGUUCUUGUCCCUGAACACCUGUCCACCUUGCCUGGCUUUGACUGGACACCUUGGCGACAAUGCAAAGCAUAAAAAAAUAGCUUAUAUUUCCCAGAUAGCAACAAGUUCAUUAAAUACUUUGUAUAAGUGAUGUAAAAAAAAUUAAUAUUUUGAUCACUCAGAUAGUUAGUGUUUAUUUCUAUCCCAAAAUUCCUGAAGACUGCAGAUAAUAAAAUGCCAAAUAUCUAA